GAUGGUGCUCAGAAUUUUUCCGACUGACAUGUUGGAGUUUCUCUACAAAUUAUUGUAAAUUAAAUCAAGUUGGUGUGUAAAUAUACAAUAAAUGGUGUGGGAUUGAUUGAAUAAAUUGUGUCGACUGAUUCAUGGUAGGUUUUAUCAAUUGUCAUGGCACAGAGGGGUUUGAAAGGGGUGAAACCGGACUCGAACGGUCACGUUAUUAAAGUACGAAAAAACAAAUUAACAAGAAAAUCAGUGCUAAAAAUGCUUGCUGUUAUGGAGGCCCAGAGUGCUAAUUCAAGCAACUCUGCUAGCAAUGCUCCACCAACACCCGACAGUACAACUCAUGCUCAAGAGUUCAUGUCAACUGGCCGCACAGGAAGAAGAAAUGCAUUACCAGAUAUAUUAUGCCAGCACUCUAUCCAAGUGACCAGUUCAGACUUGCCAUCAAAACUACAGGCAUUGUCCACAACGGACAAUUCAAAUGAGGACCCACACAACAAGCAAGGUACAAGCAAUAGCUGAACGCAUUUCCAUCGAUUUGUCUAGAUACGUGCGUCAUAGUUUACAUUUUCUCGAUAACAGAAGUUCGAAAUCUUUAGCGGCCUAAUAAUACUCAAACCUAUACAAAAAUUGACUUUCAAAAAUGGGAUAGGCCCAGUUUCAAAUAACCAAACAAGAUAAAUAUGCAGUGGUUUAGAAAUAUAUUUUUGACGAUGCCCUUUACAUUAUGUAACGUGUAGACUAUGGAAAUUUUGAGAAGCUUUUUUGGUAGAGUGAAACUGUUAAUCUAGUAUGUAAAAUUUUAUUCACAUAACUCUGACUUAAAGUGAAAUAAUAUUUAUGUUUGAUGUAUUAAAACAUAUCUAUAUUGAAAACUAUUACACCUUGCAGCUGAAUACUUAAUCUUAACUAAUUUAUUAUUUCACCAUUCAGUCAGGAUUUGUGUAUGAGUUCCACUAUAUUUUUUACGUAGACAAGUUAGUGUAUGGCAAGAAAUCAAAACAAGAAAUGAUCCAAUACACUAAUGUUUCUAAAUUUUACCACACUUGUAAGAAUCUAUUGUAUUAACAAAUUGAUCUGUAUUGUUUUACCGUGUAAAUUGUAAGUCUUUUUAUAUGUAGUGCACGAUUUUUUCGUUAGUUAACAUUAAAGUAAAUUUAAUUGUUAAAAUUAAAGCAAUUUCGAAAGAAAAAUAUGACUAACAAUAUUUACAUUAUGUACCUAGAAUUAUUGAACUGACACGAAAUUUCAAUCAAUUAAAUUUACCACAAUGUUAAUAAAAAAAAAACUCUUUAAACACUUUAAUUGAAGAAUUUUACCUAUUUUACUUCUUUGUUAGGUGUUUAUCAGUGUAUAUUUAAUGAAUGUACUUUUCAUAAAAUAACUUGCUCAUGCUUAGCAUUAGUAUGACUGUAUGUUACGUAUAUAAGGUAUAAAAUUCUGAACAAUUAAAGUGUUAGCUCCCUUGGAGAACUGUUUAUAAAUACGAUGCGGACGUGUUCCAAGAAUCUCGUAUUUAUUAGACUGUUCACAUACCAAAGUCUAUUAAUGUAUUACUGUAUUUACUUAGAGGUGGGUUUAGAAAAUUAAUACUGUUUUAAGUUAGAUAUCUGCACAUUUUGAAACAGUCUUGCCAAUGGACAAUUUAGUGAAUAUGUGCUCGUAAAUUGUAGUAAAAUGUCAUGUAAUUCAUAAGCAUUAUCACAUUUGGUAAAUUGUAUUUGCUGAAACUUCGUUUUUGUUUCUGUUCACCUUAAAUGUUAACUUUUCUCAUAAAGGUCUUCUAAUAGUGAAUGUACUUUUAUAUUUUUGAUGAUUCUUUUCACAUUAAAUCUCACUCUAUUGGAGAAAUUCAGCUUGAUAUACUUAUUUGACUUUAAUUAAUGUUUAAGGAAAUAAAUAGGCACUCGUCAAUGAUGAUUUUAAAUCUAAUUAAUAUUAAUUGAAUCACACAGCAAAUAUGUAACCAAUCUUUUAGACAUCACUUUAAUUACAUACAUUUUACUAUGUUUUAAAAAAUAUGUACAAAUAAAUAACUCACCUCAAUGUAUAAAAAUAGUAUUGGCAAUAGAUCUGAAUGAUUAAAAUAUGUUUCAUCAAUUGGCCUAUUACGUUAAUUUGUCAACGAGAUUAUGUGAUAUUAAUUUAUUUGUUAACUUAUUAUAUUUAAAGAAAAAAAAAUUAGUACAAAAUUAAUAUUUUAGUAAUAUGUUUCAAUUGAAAUUUAUUUUAGUUCAAUGUGAUGUUAUUUUUGAACUAUUUAUUAAAAUCUGUGUAAGGAAUUGCAAAUUCUAUUUGCACUAGUCAAAUAAAAUAAAACGAUUGACCAUAUAAAAUGUCAAUAAAUAUAUUUGUAUAAUAGAAUCACAUAAAUUUCAA